AUUGGAAAAUUAGAUUUAAAUUUUUUGAAAAAAAGUUGUCUUGGCCGAAGCUAUAAUGCGCCACACACUCCACACACACACAUCACUAGCGUACAAAUCCAUCGCAUCCCACUUCUCUUUGUACUAGCUCGGUUUAAAUAGUGAAAAAUUGGUAAUGGCGGACCCAUAUUUCGCGAUCCUUUAUUAGCUUUCUUCGGCCUAAUUAACUAAAACAAAUAAAGAAGCUAGACUUCACUCAAGGCUCUCUCCACUUAAACUUUUGAAAUCAAAGAAUAUUGCUUUCAACGGAAACAUACUACAGAUUCAAAAUGCUCGACGGAAUUUUGGGCCGUGGGUUCAGCGUCAAAUGCAAAUCUUUGAUUAAAGCAACUGGAGCGAGGAUCGCGGUGGUCCGGCGGAGAGCGGAGGCGAAGCAGAGAUUCCUGAAUGAAGAUCUGGCCAAGCUGCUAUCCAAUGGCCUUGAUAUCAACGCCUAUGGGAGGACUGAAGAGUUUCUUGCUGGAAUGAAUCUGUUGUCAUGCUACGACUUUGUUGACCAAUCUUGUGAGUAUAUACUAAAGCAACUUUCAAGAAUGCAGAAACAAGGGGAAUGCCCUGAAGAUUGUAGAGAGGCUGUUGCAUCCCUGAUGUAUGCUGCUGCAAGGUUCUCUGAUUUGCCUGAACUGCGAGAUCUUAGAGAUAUAUUUCAACAGAAAUAUGGAAGUAGUUUAGAAGCCUUUGUUAACCAGAAGUUUGUUGAAAAAAUGUCUUCGAGGCCUCCUCCAAAAGAAAAGAGACUACAGGUGUUGCAAGAUAUAGCUUCAGAGUUCUCAAUAAAGUGGGAUUCCAAGGGGUUUGAACGGAGAAUGGCUGCUCCUUCAGUAGUUUCACAGGUGACUGAGCAAAAAGUCGAUGUAGUGAAACAAAGGCCUGGGUUUCUGGAGGAGAAAAGCAGAUUAAAAAGCUGUGGACAAGGCACUGUCUGGAGAAGAGAUGAAGAUGAUCAUCAAAUUUCUAGAACGAAGGACAUAAUUAAGCAUAAAGAAAAGUCAGUUUUGAAGAAUGGAGGUAAUAGUUUGCAAGGUGAUGAUGAUAAUCUGAAUGGUGGAAGGCACAGGUUAACUGAAAAUAAACCUUCAUAUCCUACAGAGAAAUGUGUUGCAGACUAUAAGGAAGAAAGAUCAAACAAUUCAUCUCAUUGGAAGAUACUGGAUAAUAAUGCUCCGGAUACUUGCUCAAGAAAUAGUAACAGUAUACCUAAUCCAAGGAAAGGAGAAAGCGUAGAAACAUUAUUCCGUGAGAAGACGAAUUUUGCUCCUAGUCGUGUCGAACAGCUUGGCAAAACUGAAAAUGCCAUUUCAUCUUCUAAGUAUUCCAACAACGAUUGUGCACUGGGCUCAAUGAGGAAAGGAGUGGAUGAAGGAUCUGAUAGGUUAAAAUCCUGCUCAAGUUAUGCCUUUCCUCCACCAUAUAUCAAAUCAAAUCAGAGUGCCACUCGCCCUCCUUAUGUAAAGCUGAAAGAAGAUAAACAGAAACUAAGUGGUGGUUCUAAAGAUUCCGCGUCUAAUCUGGAUGAACAGUUAAUUGAUCCUGGAUCUUGGAACAGAAAUUCUGUUGACAACUGCUCAGGCAGGUCCCAAACUGUAUCAGAUCGUCAAGUCUGGGAAGAAAAUUUUGUGGCUCCUGCCAGUGUAAAGAGUUAUGGGCAUGAAAAGGAGCGUGAUUAUCAGGACGAGAGAAUUCCCUUACCAAAACCUCGAUCAAUCCGCAGGAAACACCAUAAAUCAUCAUCCAGCAACAAUGCCAUUGAAACUCUUGAAGAUGUUAAGGCAGUAAAUAGGAGCUCAAGUAGUAGGAGAAAGGACCACUCUAGGAAAGGCUUGCAGAUAUUGUUUGAUGAUGAGCACCACAUAAAAGACGAUGAGGAGACGAUGAUAGAUAAACUGUUGAUGCAUUACAGCAAGAAACCAACAAGUUAUGACGCAGGAAAGUUGAAGAAGAAAUUAUCGGGCCAGCCUUCGCAUCAAGUAAUUCGUGGGGGUGAAUCAUCUUCUGAUCAAAGCAUGAAGAUGCAUGACAGUAAGUUUGAAGCAUUUCCAACUCCUGCUAGGUCUGUUUCUCUUCCUCAUGAGCAAGCUGCUUCCCCUUCACCGGAAGCGAAGAAGGUUUUUGCUCGUUCCAACACAUUCCAGCCCGAUAAUCAGGCGAAGCACGUGCAUCCCAAGUUACCCGAUUAUGAUGAUCUAGCUGCCAGGUUUGCAGCUUUAAAGGGUAGAUGAACUACGAGCAAGUGUUCCUAAAAGCAGAGGUAAGCUGUAACUGCUAACAGGAUUCGAUGUGUGCAGAGGUUCCUGUAGAGUGAACUUAGGUUCUACAAAUUAUUAGAGUAUUUGAUUCAUGAAUUGGAUACUGCAAGGUUAACACAAAUUUAUAGAAGUUAUUCUCACUGUAAUUCUUUGGCAACCAUGACCAGUGCUGUAACGUUGUUAGUGUAUUAUUGUAUGGUUCGAGUUGAGUUAGCAAUAGUAUGAUAUCUUCUUUU